CCAGUUUGACACUUCUGAAAGGUGUACCGCAAUUGUUUACAUGAGUAAGAAGUCGAAAGUUUGUGGCCAGGCAAAAGUUCACCAGUCAUGGAAGAAAUAGGGAUCAGCGUCGCUACCGAGAAGGUCGAAGAGACCACAGAUGUAAAAGGUCCAGCUGUUGGAGGACUUACUAUGGUCAGCGAUGAGUCGGCAAGAGACGAGUAUAAUACAUACAAGAGAUUACUUCAAAACCUUGAGUACUUACGUGUACAAGAGGAUUAUAUUAAAGAUGAGCUACAAAAUUUGAAAAAAGAAUAUAGACAUGCACAGGAGGAGGUUAAGCGUAUUCAGAGUGUACCACUAGUAAUCGGUCAGUUCUUAGAAGCUGUAGAUCAAAAUACUGGAAUUGUUGGAUCUACUACUGGCUCUAAUUAUUAUGUGAGAAUAUUGAGUACUAUUGACCGAGAAUUACUCAAGCCUUCAGCAUCAGUUGCUCUUCACAAACACAGCAAUGCAUUAGUAGAUGUUUUACCACCGGAGGCAGAUUCCUCUAUCUCAAUGUUGCAGGCUGAUGAGAAACCUGAUGUAACCUAUUCAGACAUUGGAGGUCUAGACAUGCAAAAGCAAGAGAUACGUGAGGCUGUCGAGUUACCUCUUACUCACUUUGAUCUCUACAAACAAAUUGGAAUUGACCCACCCAGAGGUGUGUUGAUGUUUGGGCCCCCUGGGUGUGGCAAAACUAUGUUAGCAAAAGCUGUUGCUCACCACACAACUGCGUCGUUCAUCCGUGUUGUGGGAUCUGAGUUUGUUCAGAAGUAUUUAGGAGAAGGACCACGUAUGGUUCGAGAUGUCUUUCGGCUCGCAAGGGAAAAUUCUCCAGCAAUUAUAUUUAUUGAUGAAAUUGAUGCCAUAGCCACCAAGAGAUUUGAUGCACAAACUGGAGCAGAUCGAGAAGUCCAGCGGAUUCUUUUGGAACUUCUUAACCAGAUGGAUGGUUUUGAUCAGACUACAAAUGUUAAGGUUAUAAUGGCUACAAACCGAGCAGAUACCUUAGAUCCAGCAUUACUUCGUCCUGGUCGUCUAGAUCGUAAGAUCGAAUUUCCAAUGCCGGAUAGAAGACAGAAACGUCUAAUUUUCUCCACAAUUACUGGACAGAUGAAUUUGAAUGAAGAUGUUGAUCUCGAAGAUUAUGUUGCCCGACCUGACCGUAUAUCAGGUGCAGACAUUAAUGCCAUCUGUCAGGAAGCCGGCAUGCAUGCAGUGAGAGAGAACCGUUAUAUAGUCUUGGCCAAGGACUUUGAAAAGGCUUACAAGAAUAAUGUUAAAAAGGACGAGUCAGAUCAUGAGUUUUAUAAGUAAUAUUUCCAAAUUAGCUACUUCCCUUU